UGUUUUUUUUUUGUAAAAGAAAGAAACAUCAGCUAAAAGAGACAUCAGCUAAGAAAGAACAUGAAUUGAACGUAACAGAAAAUUCCCCAUCUUGGAUUAAUCAAUUAAACGUUCACGGUUACGCGGUUGUGCCAAAUGUCCUCGCUCCUCCGCAAUGCGACCACAUCAUCGACAAGGCGUGGGAAUGGCUAGCCGAACUGGGGACUGGUAUACAGCGAAAUGACUCGAGCACGUGGACGAACGACCGCUGGCCAAAAAAUUUCAACGGCAUUAUUCAGAGAUAUCGUAUUGGGCAUGCGCCGUUUGUAUGGCAAGCCCGGACGAACUCAAAUGUGAUUGGUGUAUUCGAGAAAAUCUGGGGAACUAACGAACUGUUGACAAGUUUUGAUGCUAUGGGUAUUCUACGACCGGCUGAGAUGGUUAGUGAUUUGGAACACACAUCGAGCUGGUUUCAUACUGAUCAGAGUCCAAAGAAGGAGGGCUUUCAUUGCGUACAAGGUGUUCUUAACUUAGAAGAGGUUUGUAGACUAAGCUAGGUUAUAAGCUAAAUUAUUCAUUGCUAAAACUUUGAAAUACUACUUGACACUCUGUGAGAACAUCCCGCGAAGCUAGGACGACAUUGCUGAUUACCUACGGAUCACUGGACUCUUUAACUAAAGCGAAAGCUAUCAAUUUAAAUUCUAAAUAAUUGAAUAUGAACUAUAUGGUAUAAUGUCUUCAAAGGGACUGCGCAUCAACCUCGUUCCCAGAGCCUCUAUCCCUUUUUCCCAACGUCAAAAAGGGGAAAAGCCCCUGGGGACGAGGUCGACAGUAUUAUUUUUAUACCUCGCGGUGCCAACGAAGAUAUAUUAAUAGGAUAUGGGUAAUUCAUUUUUUCCACAAUUCCAUCUAGAAUUUAGUAAAGGUUAGCUACGUAAACAAAACUAGCAUUUUUAAUAUUUAAUUUUUUAAUUUCUCUUCAGAUUUCAGGGCCAAACUGAGGUAUAAAUACUGUAAUGAACGGUUCGUAAUUCAGAUAUUUAGCAAAGGCUUGUAAGGCAAAUGACUGCAAUGUCAAACAUCAGGCAAAACUCUGGCAAACAUUUAUGGCAAAACUAGCAAAACUGGCAAACAGCUAUGGCAAAACAGCAAAAGACGUAAUAAUAAGGCUAAUUAUAGUAGCAAUAUGAGUUUGCCAUAAUUCUGCCAAGGCAGACCUCCGGCACCUGUCACACUGAUAAUCAUUGGAAAAAAAGGACGCAUUCUAUAGUAGUCUAUAGAUUGUAUCCCAUAAACCAAUACACACGUGCCAAAAAAAUUUAAAAAAACAUAGAAAAAAAUGAAUAGAACCCGGCGAGUAUCAACAAACAUUAAUCUGGGUGGGGAAAGAUCGAAGGGGUAACAGCGAAAUAGCAGUUGUAAGUUGUUGCAGGCUAGCCAAGUUGUAGCAAAGUGACAGGUACGCGAGAAUUGCCACUGUUCUAAGCGACGUCAGGGACUCCCCGCUGCAAAGGUCGCAGACAUGAUACAUCUGCCGUUAACUUCGCUAAAAUCUACGUUUAACCACAUUUAACUUUGGUUCCACAUUUGCGGAUUCAAAUUUGAUCGUGAUGUCUUGAUUGCUUUAGAUGGCUUUGAGUUCCCCAGAUUUCCCUAACCGUUCUUUUGCUUAUAUUUCUAUAGGCUUCUAUUGAAGAUGCUGGAUUCACUUGUUAUCCAGGAAGCCACAAACUGCACAAAGAAUUGUUCCAACGUAAUAAUGACUACGACACUACAAUGGAUUUUAAUACUAUAUCCAAGGAAGACUUACACUGGGUGGAGCGCGAUAAAGGUUUGGUACCCACUCGAAUCCCGGCUCCUAAAGGCAGCUUUACUAUAUUUGACAGUAGAUUACUUCAUUGUACCGUUCCUGCCAAAGUACCCCGUGAGAAUCCAAGAUGGCGCUAUACACUAUAUAUUUGUAUGACACCACGGGCGUGGGCUGACAAAAAUACACUGCAGGCCCGGGUUGAAGCAUUUAGAAAUCAGCGAAUGACAACGCAUUGGCCACAUCACGUGGGUUUAUUUCCAGAUGAUCUGGAUUUUCCAAUGUUGCCAAAAUUCGAGUUAGGUGAUGUUGGGGAAAAAUUAGUUGGCUUAAAGGAUUAUAGCGGAAAUCAACUGAUUUUAGAAGAGGGGAUUGUAUCUGACAGCGAUUUUACACCGCAUGAACGACCGGCUCUUUAACAAUGUAGUCAUUAAUAACUUUUUAUACUAGGUUGACAGAUAUUCUAAUAUGCAAUACUAACUAUUAAUAACUGUAUGUUCUUCACUGAGCGAGAGCUCCGGACUGUAGGAUAUUAGUCCAGUUCUUUUUUCGACUACUUAACAAUUAGUCACCGAAGGCGAGGUGAUCACAAGCCUAUAUUUACUGAACUGCGAAGCAGCGAAGUGAAUAUAGUCUUGUGAUCAUAAAUUCAGUAUUGAAAAAUAAUAAUAUAUAGAUUACGUUGUAAAUAUAAUUUACUUCACUCUUUCGCUUUUGAGUCAAACGAAUCCAGCUGCCGUUAUUUUCCUGGUUAAAUUGCCAAAUAAAUUGUUUUAGGCAUCUAAAAGGUGCUUUUGUCUUUCGGAAAUAGGUUAACACCAUUUAUUGACUAUUGUUGCUUCUUUUACUUUUAGAGGAAUAGUAUGUGCUUCAAUUUUUUCUUCGAUGAUUUGUUUGCAAGUGGAUUUUCGGCAGCGAUUUUGUUUUGAAAGCAAAAGUAAUUACUGCUCAGAGCAGUCUGAGCAGUAUCUGAGCAGUAACUAUUGCCUCGGAGUUACUGCUGAGGGAGCCAGUCAGAACGCUUGAAAGCCAUUUUUCAAUACUGAAUUUAUACUAAACAGCAAGAGUGCAAGACCUCAAUGGACCAUUUGCAUUAUAGACUAAAUUUUGAUCUAAACAAGUCUAGACAAAAAUUUCAUAACGGCUUGAAAGAGCAUCACAAAAUUAGUAAUAUUCCAAAGUUUCGUUGCGAAAUGUUGUAAAAUACAGAUAAUAUAGCCUUGCGAAGUUUGCCGUUUUUUCAGUCAUUUUGCAUUACGCGGGAGAAAUUGAGAGCCCAAUACCCUUUGGAGCUGUCAAGUUCCCGUUUGUAAUACAAAAUGACUGAAAAACCGCAAACUUUGCAAGGCUAUAUUGUCCGCAUUUUACAACAUUUCGUAACGAAACUUUGGAAUAUUACUAAUUUUGUGAUGCUCUUUCAAGCUGUGAUGAAAUUUUUGUUUAGACUGAAGGACGAGAUUUAUUUUCCUAUUUCCAGACUAGAAAGAGAAAGUAUCUUUCCCAGGCCUUAGGGGAGGUGCUCCUGGGAGUUACCACAUGUUACUUGAAAAAUUUUAAUGCAGGAAAUAAUGUUCUAGAUUAGAGACCAUUUAAAUUAUAAAGUCUGUUUUAGACAUCGAAUUUCCGUCGAAUUUACUAAUUCGUUAAAUUGAAUGCUUUUCAAUUUAACGCGAGUCAUUCUCUGUGAAUUAGGCCAUAAACCUGCUUUACGUCGACAACGUCACACUCAAUGUACUGCGUAGAAUAGAACUAAUGCCCAUUACUCUCAAAUAGAAAUUAAACGAGCAAAUUCGGUGUCAAAAACAGACCUUAAUCUAAAUGUACUGUAUGUAUAUAUUGUAAAUAUAUUUAUAUUACUAUAUUAGCUUAAAAUGUAAAUCUAUAGCCUUCAGCCGACUAUUUUGCUGAAAAUUCAUUAAACUGGUGCAUGUUCAAUUUAAUUUCAAUUUAUUAAAAGAUACCAAUUUUGCAGUUAAAAACUGAAUUACACUGGUUUACAUGCAUACGAGUAAAAAUGUCUACAAACACUCCUUAUUUACAAGUUGUUAAUUGUGAUGUAGGUAAGAAUGUAGCUAAAAAAUUAUUAUUUAAAACUGGAGUUGCAGGCCUUACUACCGGCCAUAAUAAAACUCUUAGCAAACCUACUUGUCCUAUGCUUUGGUAUUGAAAGACAAUUAUCAUUACGUACCGAAUAUCCUGUUUUAUGUC